AUGCCGCCCCCAUCUGCCCGCGGAGCCGGAGCCCGAUCCCAAUCCCGGUCUGUCGGUCGCGGAGAGCGAUGCAGUCGGGGGGGUGUCGGCCGCGGGGCCGGCGGGCGGCGGAGGGGUGGGCGCCGUGCUUGGUGCUGGGGUUGGGCUGGGCGCUGGGCACCGCCCCACCACCACUGCUGCCGCCCCGAUGCCGCACUCUUGCCGCCGCUGCGCCGCCUGGCGGGAGCCGCCCUGCUCCGCGCCGCCGUCCCGCACCUCCGCGGCGACUGGAGCCCCUGCCGGCUCUACCGGUACCGCGGCACCGGCCGGCCCAACGGCAUCGGACCCUGCACACGCGGCUGGCACUACUCCCUGCCCGCCACCGGCCUCCGCUCCAACCUCGUUACGCAGUGGGACCUGGUGUGCAACUCACGCUGGAAGGUGCCCCUGGAGCGGACCACACACUUGCUGGGCUGGACUCUGGACAGCAUCACCGCUGGCCUGGCCUGUGACAGGUUCGGCCACCAGCCCGCCUUCAUGGUGUCCCUGGUGCUAGCUGUGCCCCUGGGCCUUGGUAUGGUGCUGGCCAUGGACUUCAUCAUGGUCCUGGUGGCAUGACUGCUCUUCGGGGCUGUGCUGGCUGGUGCCUUCCUCUCCCUCUACGUGGCACGGCUGGAGCCGUGCGACCCCCCACACCGGCCGGGGGUGACGAUGGUGGCCAGCUGCUUCUGUAUUGCUGGGGAGCUGCUGCUGCCGGGCUGGCGGGUGCUGCAGGGUGUGGUCACCAUGAUCCUGGCUCUGCUGGCUGCCUGCUGGUGGUGCCCAGUGCUGCUGCUGGAAUCGCCACGCUGGCUGCUGGCCACAUGGCAGCUGGAGAGGGCCAGGGAGACCCUGCAAGCUCUGGUCAAAGGCAAUGGCUCCGGCUCUGACGACAGUUCCCCUGUCCCUGCAGAGCUGGAAUCCCUGUCUGAGGGGUCUCCACAGCCCUGGUACCAUGCUGUCUGUGAGAUCUUCGGCACCAGGGUCAUCUGGAAGAACAGUGUCAUCCUCGGCUUCAUAACGUUCAUCAGCUCUGGCAUCUGCCACUGCUUCACCUGCAACCUGGUCCCCCACCUAUCCCACUUCUUCUCCUGCUACUUCAUGCUGGUGACUGCCUGCCUCUUCGUCUUCUUGACAGCUGAGCGCUUUGGGCGCUGCGCUAUCCUCCUGCUCUGCACCAUCCUCACAGGCAUCUCCUCCCUCCUGCUGCUGGCCCUCACCCAAUACCUGCCAGACCUCAUCAUCCUGACCUCGUCCAUGGUUGGCAUCACCACAUCCCACGCCAUCACCAUGCUCAGCAUCUUCCUUGCCAGCGAGGUCCUCCCUGCUGUGGUCAGGGGUGCUGGGCUGGGCCUGGUCAUGGGGGCCAGUUUCAUGGGCAAGGCAUUGGCCCCCAUCACUGCCAUCCCCAACAGCCAUAGCUUCUUGCACCACAUUGUCUUCACCUUCUUCGGCAUCCUUGCCAUCCUCAGCAUCAUGCUGCUGCCGGAGAGCCAGGGCCGCAGCCUGCCUCAGUCUCUGCAGGACAGCGAGAGCCAGGCUGCCCCCCCCCUCUUCCACUGGCUGCCCCACAAGGACCACAUGCCCCUGCUCAUCCCCUACGGCAUCCCCCAUGACUACACCCACCUCACCACCUCCACCAAGAGGAUGCUGGGCUCCCUGGCCACCCCCCAUGAGAUAUAGCCGUGCCCCCCACACCAGGGUCUCUCCACUGCUGGGGGGGGCUGAGCAUGGUGCUGGGACCCCCAUCAGUGGGUGCUCGCAGGGAUGAUGGGGUGCACCAGGACACAUGCAAUGGCUGGGCUGGGGGGGAGCAGCACACCCACCCCACAGUGGGGCCAGAUCCUCCCCCAGGAGGAGCUGUGCUGGGAGUCCUGGGGUGGAUGUGAUGCCCCCCAGGGUGCUUGCAGCAGGGGCUUGC